AUGUCGGCUUCUGGCCCCAUAAGCAACUACUAUGUAGACUCCUUGAUAAGCCACGAAAACGAAGAGCUCUUGGCCUCCAGGUUCCCCACCACUGCCUCCCACCCGGCUGCUGCCAGACCUUCAGGAUUAGUCCCGGACUGUGCCGACUUUCCUUCGUGCAGUUUCGCCCCCAAGCCGGCCGUUUUUACAACCUCCUGGGCUCCCGUCCAUUCCCAGUCGUCCGUGGGCUACCACCACCCGUACGGCCCCCAGGCUCCCGUGGGGGCCGAGCCCAGGUACAUGCGGACUUGGCUCGAGCCCCUCGCCGGGGCCGUCUCGUUCCCGGCCUUCGCUCCCGGUGCCGCCCGCCCCUACGGCCUCAAACCCGACGCCUUUCCCGGGAGACGCGCGGAGUGCGGCCCCGCGGACGGGCGCGGCUUCGCGGACUACAUGUACGCGGCUCCCGGGGAGCUGAGAGACAGAGCAGCGCAGACAAUUCCUUCCCCGGAGUCCGAAGCCAUCGCUUCCAGCAAACACAAAGAAGAAAAGCACGAAUUAGACCCUAGUAAGUCGAAGUCAUUCUUGUUUACAACCGGGGAGGCAUUACAGCUUCCAGGACCGUACUCAAUAAAAUGA